UUGGCACUGGCCCAAGCAUAGACACGCACCCCAGUAAGUCUCCCUCGACCCGAUAGAGAGCGCUCCCCUCCCCGGGGGGACAUUUAGAUUACGCGAGUUUCGUAAGGCAUCUUAUCUUCGACCACAGAUGUGCCAGGGAUGGUGAAUAUUGAGGCAUAUUUUCAAUUAUAAAAAUAUUCACGGUCUGAUUUCACGUGGAACUUUGAAAAACUUCGCUGAACAGAAGCCUCAGUGGACUUUGAACUUUGAUGAACAGAUGCCUCUUCAUACAAGUGUUCGUACGAAAUCUAACCUACAGUUUUUGUUGAACAGAAUUCCCAGGUUGUGUCACAGUGAAUCAUGGGAGCCACACUCAGCAGCAUUCUCUCCUGGAUGCAGUGCGCUCAACCCCACAGGAUAAUGAUGUUCGGCCUCGACGGCGCUGGGAAGACGACGAUCCUGUACAAAAUCAAACUGGACGAAGUCGUUCAGACGAUCUCAACGAUUGGCUGCAACGUCGAGACGGUGGAACAUGGAAAUAUAAGUUUUAGGGCGUGGGACUUGAACACCCACGAGAGACUCCGCCCUUUGUGGAGACAUUACUACCCAGAUACCUCGGCCGUCAUUUUCGUCGUGGACAGCGUUGCCUCGGAGAGGUUCACAGAGGCAAAAGAGGAAUUGCAGCUAUUGGUUGAGGACUCAGAGCUGAAGGAGGCCUGCCCUUUCCUCAUCCUGGCCAACAAGCAAGACCUCCCAGAGGCCGCCUCGCCGUCUGUCAUCACAGAAGCCCUUGAACUCCACCGCCUGAAGCGCCCGUGGUUCAUCCAGGGCACCAGUUCCCUUGAUUCGAGGGGCAUCAACGAGUCUCUGGACUGGUUGGCCAAGGCAGUCACAAAGUGAGAAGAUUUCGCCCGAGUUGUCAACGGAUUGGCUCGUUACUUGCUCCAGAGGUCUGUACUGUCCCAGUACACAGUACAGAGGUCCUGUUUGGGACGUCAGAGAUGGGUUUUCUGUGAUGGCAAAACUGACAAAUCUGUACGAUGUUAUCAUCUGA